AUGACUUAUAGGUUUUGUUCAAAUGUGGAGAUGCAUUCUCAAGUACAUCCUUCGGAAACCCACGUUCAUGUACCAGAUAUUUCCCACAUUCGCGAAACAUAUACUUUGCAGCCAUUUUCCUUAGAUCAUAGUACCGUCAUUGAAAACUUACCAGACGCUUCCCAAAGCACUUAUCACGGAAGGAACGAACAGCUAAAGGUGUACGAAGAUAUUUACAGCCCCAUAUUGAGAGCUUUGAGGCUUUUUGGAAUGUACUUUGGAGAAAUCUCACUAACUCGACUGCCAUCGACGUUGUCCUUUCAAAAGAGGCGGGUAUCCAUUUGGCUUCUCUUUUGUUGUUCAGUGUUGGGAACAGUUUGGUUAACCGUUGGCUUGCUGCUUAUUUCGUUAGGUUUAGAAGGUUUCACUGAUAUCACAAUCUUCUUCAGGUUGUUGGGAAGCUUAGUAGGGUACCUUUUGGCAGCGCUCAAUGGAACAAUUUGCUUGUUUGUACUACCAAUAAGUCAAAUUAGACAGUCGCGUUUUGAAACGUUUAUUCGAAAAUUAAUUGAAUGCAAUGCUGAAUUGAAAACAUUGAAAUCUACCUCUCGCAAAACUGUAGCUGCUGCAGUCUUUAUUUGGAUCACAGCAACUAUCUUAGUUGUCACAUCAACCCACUUUUUGCCUCAGCUCUAUUUAGGGAGUAACAAACCUUGGAAUGAUUGGAAUGGUUACAGCAUUACCAUACUUUAUUCAUUCACGUUGGUUUUAGUCUAUGCAGUAUUGUUGUUUCCCAUCCCUUUAUAUUGCAUGACGUGCUUGAUACUUGAACGACUUUUUGAUGAUUUUUAUCAAAGAACAACAAGAAAACUUGGCGCUUUGGACAUUCGGGCUUUGAAAGACGAACAUCAUCGAUUAUGUGAUGUGGUUGAACACGCCAGCAAAGUGUUUUCACCUCUUCUCUUUGUGACGCUGUCCCUUCAAAUCCCUUUCAUUUGUUUUACUUUUUUCGUUGCUGUCCAACUGAACCCCUCGCAAGAAAGUAGUGGCUCUGAAUAUCUUACCCUUGGCUGUGUAAUAUUAAUCAUGCAGUCCGCUGGGAACAUCGCUAUUUUCUUGUUUCUUGGAGCAAGAGUUAACGGAAAGGUAUGUAAAGUUAUAGGUUACGUACUGCUUCCUGUAAUUUUUCUUUGUUUAAUUUGUAUAAAUGCUGUAAUAGAUUAGAAGAUUCAAGUUUUCCUUUAGAGAAGUCAAGCUAGUAUUACAUUUAGUGAUAUAUAGUGUAAUCAUUUUGUUUAGACACAAGAGUGAAACAAAAACAACCAAAGUUUAUGAAAAGAAAGCAAAAGAGUUGUCACUGUCUUUUUAGAAAGUCUUGUUCUCCUCGCAUUUAUCAAUGGCCAAAGGUCAUGAUUACGUUUUCUUUUGUGAUAUCCCAUUUAUUAUCAUCAUCAUCAUCAUCAUCAUUAUUUGAAGUACGUAUAACCAUUCAACCAAAAUAAUUAUAAUAAAAUUCGAAGUAAAUGAGCCUCCACUGUGUUAUACGACCAAAGAAAGAUCGAUGCCACUUGACAAUACUUUAGUUUCCAAAGCAAUGCCCUACGGUAAACUAAACCCUUGCUCAUAAAGAAGGGGCGACAAUCCCAUGAGUAAUUUGUUACAUUUUCAGAUCCACAGUGUUCAAAGCAUUUUGGAAGGAGCCGCUGUCUCUGACGAAGACCAAGUGAAGGUGCCUUUGUGUUUUGUUGUUUUAUUUGUUUUGUUUUGUUUUUUUUUUUCUGUAGCUUCCUGGUGCCUUUCUUAGAGCCAUCUGCCAGUGCGUAUUCCGUUACCUGGUAAUCCCGCGCUCGCGCACUUUACAGAAAUGAAUUGAUUAAGAGGUUUUUCCCGUAAUAACUAAUUGAAGAGUGUUUUUUUUUUUCGAAAAGCGUACUUCCAAUUGUGAUCUUAGCCUUUAA